UGUUGAUGUUCUUGCUUACUCGUUCUUGAUUUUGUGGAACAAAGUUAAUUGCAUAUAAGAUACAGGUAGUUCGUUAUUAUGUUGUUGCAGAAAAAAUAAAGUAUAUUCUGUUGCCAUGAUUGUUGUAACAUGACACGCAUUCCAGGUGCAUUGCAUUAUGCAAUGUGAGCAAGGUGCGGGUGAUUUCUUUGCAAUACUACAAUGGCCAGUUGGGGAAGUGACUCAGGGAGUGAAGAUGACUUUAUCCGACCUCCAAGGUCUCCACGUUUGAUGAUUCCGCAUCCUCCAGAGCAGUUACAUCCAGAUACGGAACAGAAUGUCGCUGAACAGACUGAAGAUAUUUUCAAAAAUUUCUUUUACCAGAGAUACAGACAGGAACAGAUUCGUCAACCUUAUGAUGCUACACCAAGAGUGCCUGAACUUCUAGAAUUUGGUGAAGCUCCCUUGAGUCCAACUGCUGAGAUUGGUCGUCAAUUGGCAAGAAUUGGUGAUGACAUCAAUGACAGAUACUCGGAUGUAUUUACGGAGAUGAUGCGAAAUUUGAAUAUUAAUGAAAAUACAGCUUAUGAAGCUUUUGCCAAUGUGGCUCGAAAGUUAAUUGAGAAUGGUAUUAACUGGGGAAGAGUAUUAACUCUGCUCUGCUUUGGCUACCGAAUAGCCGUCAGUAUCCUGAAGUCUGGAACAGCUAAAUUUGCAGCUUUCAUGAAAAAAAUUGUUGGCUAUUUUGUGACUUUUAUUAUGAAAGAGAAGAUAGCCAAAUGGAUUGCUGAUCAUGGAGGAUGGGGAGCAGCACUUUCUUUUGUUCCUUCCAUGAGUACGGGGAAGUUUAUUGCCUUGUUAAGUCUGGCUUUUCUCUCUGUGGCAGCUGUUAUAUACAAGAAAUAUGCCUAGCUACCAACUGGAGUAUUACAACUGGGUGAAUGCAGUCUUCACGGUGUUUGAAUGAGCCGAUGUAUUUAUAGUACAUGAUCUCUUUGAAACAAUUGUUCUGCCAUCUUGUGUUGGCAGAAACAUUAUAAAUUAGUGCAUAUAUAUAAUAAUAUAAUUAUAUUAUAUGUUUCUGAACAAUGAAAUAAACUUUUGACAUUUGCUUAAAUUUGUUAUGAGAAUUGGUUAUUGGAUUUUGAUGCCAAAUAUAUGUUUACAGUCUACAUGUAGAUUACAAAUUUAAUGUUAGUAUUAUAUUAAUGUAUUUUAAAGCAAAAACAUGGUUAUUGUCCACGUAAGUUAAAGUAGAUGGUGCUGACCACUGUGACAUCAAUAUUUACCUUUAGCUCAAUGUGUUUAGCUCCAUUUCUCACUGCAAGUCCUAGAUCAAUGAAAUAUGCACCUACACGAAUGGAUGUUCCUCUUUUUAUAUAUACAAACAACACAACUUACUUAGUUAAAAGUACACAUAAAUCAGCUUUCAAAUGACCUUCUUGACCUUUUGUACAUUAUGACAUCCCAUUUAACAUAAUUAAAUCUUUUUCUGAGGAGUUUUUUGGCGAUGUUGUCAGAUCAGAAAAAAAGUAAAUUGUGAAACAGCUGAAAGUUUGUAAUUAUAAUGAAUUUUACAUAAUUAUAUAUAUAUAUAUAUUUUUUAAUCAAUAAAAUUAAUUACAAAUUGAAUUUAAUAAGUUAAAAAUGUUUUUCUUAAGUUCCAUUGAAAAUCCAUAAAUGUGGCAAUGAAUGAAAUGGUAGAUGCGACAUUUGAUUCUGUGGAAUUCUUGUUUUUAUAUAUUAACAGAAGUUACGGUUUGUUUCAUAUUAAUCAGAAUUGUGUAUUAAGUUACUUGUGUUUGUAAACAAAAACAGUGUUUCUGUUUCACGUUCACUGUUUAGAUACGAGUAACUAGAUACAGAGCAUAUAUUUGGUACCAGAACCCAAUCGCUGAUAUUAGGAGGUGUGUGAGCAAUUUUGUGAUGAAUGUUCUUGUUUACUAUACCAGCAAUGAAGCAUAACCUGGAUAUCAUGUUGUAAUCUCUCAUCAAGAACAAGCUAUUUUGUAACCUGUCAUUUCGCUGAUUUACUAAGCAUACUAAUGGCCUGAAAUGAAUUAAAAUGUCACAGAUACAAAAUAUGUGCUAGCCAGUAACUUUGAGAUCUAGUAUUGUUACAUUCAUGUAAUUAAACAUACAGUACAUAUCUUGGGGAAUGGUGGUUGUAAAUAAAAAAUGUGAUAGUGAGUUUUCAGACUCAAAUCACACCUUGAUCCAUUGGUUGUAUUGCAGACCUUUCACAUUUGUCAACAAGUAGUGCUACUGUUUACUUUUAAUCUAUCCAGGGUUUUUUAUUCCAUUACCGAGUAUAGGACAUCUUUGGUAUGCUUCCGUCAGAACACUGCUCAAGCAUGCCUGUCAUUGGCACAACCUCUUACUUUGCCAGAGAGUUCUGUCCAAGACUGUACUGACCUGACUUGAAACAUCUUGCAGUAAUACCUUAUCCGUUCUGGUCUAACUGCUGCAGAUGAGAGUAGUUAAUUGUUCUGAAACGUUACUCAUUUUAUCACCUAGACAGUUCAUGCCUUUGAACCCCAGUGUCAUAAUGGAACCAUAUAUUGCAAUUCCAUCUUCACUGUAUACUUGGAGGGUGGGAUUUAGCUCAGUCGUUUGAGUGCUCGCUUGAAGUGCUUGAGUCGCAGGAUCGAACCACCUCGGUGGAUCCAUUCAAUUGAUUGUUUUUUUCUCAUUCCAACCAGU